CCCAGGCAGGGGAAAAAAUAUCCAGUGCAAUGGCCCUUUAAAACUUCUGACAAAAGCCCAUAUGAUCCCUGAGCUCCAAUCACCAAUUCCUACUGCAAAAGCAGCCUCUGCAUUUUUGUCUGUCUGAAUGCUGCUAGCACGGCGAAAAAAAAACAGUGAGGGGAAGGAAAACUGAAGAAAUGUGAAAAUCCAACGUACUAUUACAUGGCGAGCGGAAGUCCUGCGCAAAUGGAGUUAUUCGCGGACUCCUUCGAUGCUAGAGACCUCGGAUCAAAAUGCCGAUGCCGAUGAGGACUUCCCUGAGCAGCAUUUGCUGGACGUACAGAAACUCUGCAGUAAGCACCUGCUAUCCUCCCCUGUUUGAGUAAAACCAUAGGAAAGAGAGGACUGCUGACUUCCCCUCUGCUGAGUUCUUUCUGCUAGAGGAUGCAGCACUGCACUUUACUCGUUUAAUGGACAGGCAUCUCCACCAGCCUCACCUAUGCGACGUGGACCUCGUGCUGGUGUCCCACUGUACGUUUUCCUCCCACAAGGACGUGCUGGGUGACCACAUCCCCUACUUUCAGACCCUCCUCUCCCAGAGUCAACCACUGCACCACAUAAACCUGGCCUUUGAGGUGUUAAGCAUCCUCAACCUCAUCUAUAUCUCCAUCUUCGAAGUCCUACAAGUGGCCACUGUGGUCCAAAUGAGUUCCUGCCACAAGCUACUUGUGUCCAAUGAGAUGGCAGACACAGACGGGCAAGGCAAUGCCUCGUCCAAUCAGAUGUACAAGAUGAAGGAGCUUGAGAAAAUGUACACACAACAAGGAAAUGGUACAUUCUCGUUGCUUGUAGAGGGCAGCGGGGUCAGCAGGGAUGUUGCCCAGUCACAUUCAUCUAGCGUCCACUCCAGCCCACAAGCCAAACACUUGUAUAAAAAAGAUGACAGCGGAGGUGGAGUGGCUAGCGGAGGAGGGCGGGGCUUAUGCACAAUUGAGGGCGGAGCCAGUCUCAAUGAAUCCCAGGAUAGUUCUGUUUCGUUUAACAGGGAGCAGAUUAUCGUGGAGGUCAAUCUCAACAACCAGACUUUAAAUGUUUCUAAAGGGUCCGAUGGUAAGAGCGUCACCUCAAGUACCUCAUCCCUCCUCGUUCACCGUGGGGUGGAGGGUAAGGAACAAGAUGAUAACGAAGAUGUUGAUGAGGAUGAAGAAGAAGAGUAUGAACACAGAAAGGAAGGGAUGGAAAAUUGCAGCGAUGACGAGGACGAUGAGGAUGAAGAAGAGAAUAAUCUCGACAUUCCAGAAACAGGACGCACCAGUGUAGAAAGACGCCGUGCUACGAGAAUACCAGCGGAAGCCAUCUCCAUGAGACAGACGCUAAUUGACACCACGCUCGGGGAGGGGAGGAAGAGGAGUAAAGAGCAGGAGAGUCUGGGCCAGAAGGUGAAGCUUGAAGAAAAGCAGCACUUUUCUUGCAAGAAGUGCCCUCGUAUUUUUAACAACCGUUGGUACUUGGAGAAGCACAUGAACGUCACCCACAACCGCAUGCAGAUCUGCAAUAAAUGCGGCAAGCGCUUUUUACUGGAGAGCGAGUUGCUGCUACACCAUCAGACAAACUGUGAGAAAAACAUACAGUGCGUGACUUGUGGAAAAGCCUUUAAAAAGCUGUGGUCUUUGCACGAACACAACAAGAUUGUCCACGGAUAUGCCGAGAAGAAGUUCUCUUGUGAAAUCUGUGAAAAGAAGUUCUACACCAUGGCACAUGUCCGGAAACACAUGGUUGCUCACACUAAGGACAUGCCGUUCACUUGUGAAACGUGUGGGAAGUCCUUCAAACGCAGCAUGUCUCUUAAAGUGCACUCUCUGCAGCACUCUGGAGAAAAGCCCUUCAAGUGUGAGAACUGCAGCGAGAGAUUCCAGUAUAAAUACCAGCUGAGGUCACAUAUGAGCAUCCAUAUCGGACAUAAGCAGUUCAUGUGCCAGUGGUGUGGAAAAGACUUCAACAUGAAGCAGUACUUCGAUGAACACAUGAAGACCCACACUGGAGAGAAACCAUAUAUCUGUGAGAUCUGUGGAAAGAGCUUCACAAGCCGGCCCAACAUGAAACGGCACCGCCGCACUCACACUGGCGAGAAGCCGUACCCCUGCGACGUCUGCGGACAGCGUUUCCGCUUCUCCAACAUGCUCAAAGCCCACAAGGAGAAGUGCUUCCAGGUCAGCAACCCCAUGGUAUCCGAUACCGCCAACCUUGUGGGCCUGGACCCUACGUCAACUGAUAUGGACACACCAGCCAGUCAGUUACCCAGCCACCCCAUGACCCCUCCCAGUGAGGCGUCCGGUCUCCACCAGGUCAAGUCGCUCUCACUACCCUUCGUUCACUCUAUCGUAGGUCUUCCAUCUCCCCCGGCUCUGUUUUCCACUGAAAGAGUUAACUCCGGUAACAACUAGUUUUGAAUAUAGGGUUGAAGUUCCUUUGAUUGUUUCUUGUCUGAAACCCAAAGCUUGCAGUAGCUCCCAUGAGCUUUUUGAUUCGCAUCCAAUGUGAAUCACUCUCAUAGGGGUUUCCAAACAUCCAGAGUGAGGUCUAAGACCUCCAGCGGUGUUUGAACAGUGUGUGACACUGAAUAUUCCUUUUAAACUGUGCAAAUUUUCACUUAUCUUAUUCUCAUAGAGAUAUUUUAUAUACUGUUCAAAUAAGCUUCUCGUAUUACAGAAAGAAAACAGACGUUCUCAUUAUUUUUGUUGUUGUUAAAUGCGUUUUUGUGAGCUACAGGAUUAGCAUUUAGCAUCGCAUUUCUGCAUUUCACAUGCUCUUGCCAUAGACGUUACGCUUUGUUGUUCCCAUUAGCUACUGUAUGAAAUAUAGAUACGUACUGAAACGAAGUUUCGGAACAGCUCUUCAGCCAAUAAACAUGUAGCAGCUGUGUCCCCCUGCCAUAACCAAAUCCAGAUGUAUUGCAGUAACCAAAUCCUGUUAGCUUAUAUGUUAUUACUGAAUAUGAAGUGUAUAAUCACUCCAGCACCUUAUUUUUAAUCGUAGAUAUAUUUAUAUUGUCCUGUCUUCUUCGUAUCCUGAAAGUUUAAAGUUUUAUCACAUGGGCUCCUCUGCGUAUUUGCAGAGGUUUGUUUUUUGAAGCAUCUGUGCAGGGCACAGAUGGGACAGUUGGAUUGUGUCAAAGGUUAUAUGUAGCAAAGGCAAUUGAGAAUAAUUGAUGUUUAAAACUUAAAGGAAUAGUUCACCCGAAAAUGUAAAUAUGCUGAAAAUGUACUCAUCCAAUAUGAGAUGAUUUUGUUUGUUUAUCAGAACAGAUUUGCAGAAAUUUUGCAUUACAUCACUAGCUCACCAACGGAUCCUCUGCAGUGAAUGGGUGCCGUCAGAGGGUCCAAACAGAUAAAAACAUCACAGUAAUCCACAAGUAAUCCAAACCACUUCUGGCCAAAAUACCAGUCUAUAAUCCAUAAUGAUGCAUCCUCCAGUGAAAAACUCUCACAUACAAAAGCUGAAGCGAAAAAAAAACUGUUUUCACUUGAUUCAGACAGCUGUUUGGACUCUCACUCUGACGGCACCCAUUCACUGUCACUGUCAGGGUUAAAGUGCUUGAAGUACUUUUUGAAAUUUAAGGCCUGAAAAACUUUAGAAAAUAGCAAUAUUCCUGAAGAGGUACUUGAAAAGUGCUUGAAUUACUGAAAGACAAAUGUAUCUAUAAAAGAAUUGUUUAAUUUUGUCAAUAAGCACAUAUUUUCACGCAAAAUUCAUGCAAUUCGAAAAACAUCAUACUUUUUUUACUUAUUUUAGUAAAUGUGAAAACAAUUGAGCUAAGCAAGUAGUAGUACUGACAGUGUCGUGUAAACAUGGCUGAAGAUGCGAAAAGACGAACAGAUGAACCAUAUCAAUUGAGUCAUUUACGUUCCGACUGAUUCAAACUCAUGACUUCGAUCAUUCAUUUCAAGUGAUUCACUAGCAAAAACCAGAUCACAUUAAAAGAGCCAUUCAUUUUUGAAUUUCGACAUCGCUUGUAACGUUUUCAAAAAAGCACAUAGUGAUGGGUGAGACUGAGCUUUACGAAUCAGUUAAACCAUUGUUUAACUGAUUCACUAUUUCGAAGCGCUCCAGUCGGAUCAUGUAUCGCGAAUAAUUUGAUUUAGAUUGGAAUUUAGCGUAUCGUUAAUCAUUUGAUUCAAGUCAGAACUUCGGAGCAUGUAUUGCUAAUAAUUGGAUUUAGAUCAGAAUAGGUUCGUGAAUCGUUUAGCUAAUUUAAUCAUUUAAAUCAAAUGAUUCACGAUAAGCGAUUUGAAGUCCCGAUAUAAAUCAAAUUCA